AAGGUUUAUCUCAGUUACUGAGAGAUUACUUCCCUCUCUGGUUUCUCUCUCUCUCUGCUGACUGGACGAUCCGAAAGCAACUUUCCAGAUGACAGAAUUCAGUGUAAAACUGCUGAAAACCGCUAUACGAGAAGCUUAAAGAUCAUUUCCUCCUGUCAGCUUUGCUCAAAAGAAACCCCUCACCACAGAUGUCGCAUCAGGGAGCUCGCGCACAGGUGACCAGCGGUCAUGUUCGGGUUGGCUCGUGCGUUUUAAAAAUAUGAAACUACAAACUUACGCGUUUGGUCCAAACUCAAAACUAUUCGAUUUAAGUUAAAAAAAAAAAACAACAACAACAAACAUAUAUAAUAAUAAUAAUAGCUGUUAUAAUAAGUUUUUUGGAUGGACUCCAUGGAGGCGUACCUGCUGAAGUUUAUCGAGCGCGUGCGAGCUGAGAGCAGAGAUGGAGAGAAUGGCAUUGCGUCUGAAUACACGAGUAUUAAGCAUCAGAACGGCUCGCUGAAGCAGAAGUAUGGUUUGACAACCCAGGCAGGAGGAGUGAAAGAAAACAGCAAGAAAAACCGUUACAAGGACAUACUGCCGUAUGACCAAACACGCGUGGUUCUGAGUCCAACAACACCCGAAUAUAACAGUGACUACAUUAAUGCAAAUUUCAUCAAGGGGGCGACAGGGAGCACGACGUACAUCGCCACGCAGGGUCCUCUGAGUAACACAACAGUGGAUUUCUGGCGCAUGAUAUGGCAAUAUGAUAUCAGGGUGAUCGUCAUGGCGUGUAGGGAGUUCGAGUUGGGGAAGAAAAAAUGCGAGGUCUACUGGUCUCCUCUAGGUGAUUCGUCCACAUUUGGUCCUUUCAUCGUCUCAACUGUUGAAGAAUCACCCACAAAUGAGGAAGUCAUCGUGCGAACGCUUGCAGUGAAACACUGUGAUGAAACUCGCACCAUGUCUCAUUUCCAGUACACGGCCUGGCCGGAUCAUGGAAUACCAGACGUUGCGGAUGGCAUUUUGGGAAUGAUGGAAUUAGUUCAUGUCAGACAGGGUUGUCACCCGGGACCUCUGCUUGUGCACUGCAGCGCCGGCUGUGGAAGAACUGGGGUGAUUUGCGCCAUUGACAUUGUUAAUGACCUGCUGCAUAAAAAGAAAAUCGGAGACGAUUUCAGCAUCAUGGAGUUAGUCUUGAAGCUGAGAAGACAAAGACCGUCGGCUGUUCAGACUAAGGAGCAGUAUGAGUUUGUGUUUCAUACUGUGGCUCAGAUGUUUGAGAAGGUCUUGCAGGAAUCUUCACAGAAACGUCAAAGCCUGAUUCAGCACUCGCAGUCUCACUACGCCAAUGUGUUGCCCCCAAAGCCGGCGCUGAGGUCAUUCUCUAUCGGCUGUGAAAACCAGAAUACAAGAAAACCUCCUGCGCUCCGUCCGAGGUCAUCCCAUCCUCAUUCGUCCGCCAACAUGAACGACACGUACGCAGUCAUCAACAAGAUCAAGCAGCCCCCCACAGCUCCGCGUCUCGUUACCCACCACUACGACAACGAGAACUUAACCAGCCAGAAGGCGUCUACGAGCGACAUCUACAGCAUCGUAAAGCCGAAAAACAGAGCAGUGGCGAACACGCCUGCUAGCACGGUUCCAGUUUACGCCCGAACAUGGAAACCCAACCACAAGGCUGCAGAAGACAUGGACUGCGAUGACUACGAACCCCUGCCAGGGGAGUUCCUGAUGAGAAACUCACAGCUGUAUCCAACUCUACCACAAGGAGCUUCAGACAGGCAGAGCCAUUCUGAUGAUGACUAUGAGUAUGUUUCAAACCCGAUCAGAGAGACCAGCAGCAGCCAGGGCAGCCCUGGAGGCAUCGGUUUUAAAUGCAGAGUAAAGAAACCCAAAGGACCCAGAGACCCGCCUUCACAAUGGAACCGACCAGAGAGAUGAAACUAUCACAACAACAACGACGUGGUCUAAAGAGCUACAUAUUCUGCAUUUCUUUGGUCUAUGGAAUUAUUUUUGUUUUAUUAUAGAGGUGAUGGUCUGUAGAUGUCUGUGUGAGGGUAUGGGAGCUCGAGUCCAUUGCAAAUGUAAUGUAUAUGUUUUAAUUUAUUGUAAUAAAUGUGUCGUCUGGAUUGUACAACAGAGUGCUGCUGUGAUACACUGCGCUGACCAGUAGAGGGCGCUGCUGAGGUUUAGUUUGAAUACUUCAUGAGCUACGAGCAGGUAAACUGGGUCACCUGAAUAAUGGGGGCACUUGUAUUGAUAGAUUAGCUUUUGUACCACGUUUUAUAAAAAAUAAAAAAAAAAAUCUAAAUUUUAUGGGUACAUUAUAGGUAUAAUUUAACCCAGAGGAUUUUAAUGGAACCUUCUGGAAGAAAUUGCAGCUGUAGCGACUGACCUGUGACUCUGCUGCGAUUAAAUUUCUGCCAGCGAGUUUAAGCCCAGAUUCUGGGACUGGAUGAAAGCA